AACUUCAUCUUAACUUUUCAUAUACAUAUUACUGAAAUAUACCCAUUAUCCUUUCAUAAAAUAAACUCAUAAGAAUAAAUGAUAAAUGAUAUGUUAUAAACUUUUACAUUACACACAAACUUCAUCUUUUACAUUGCAUAUACAUUUUACUGAAAUAUACCCAUUAUAACCCGUUACAUUACAUAAAUGUACUUUUCAAUAAAAUGUUUCGACAGUUGUGCAUUAGAAAAAACUAUAAAUAUUGAAACAUGGACUACGUUGAUGUACGAGAUGAAAGUGAUGUUGAUAAAAUGGACAUUGACGCAGUUUUUAACUGGCUUGAUGGCAGGCAGAUAAAUUAUCAGCUUUACUCCUUAGACGAGAUGAAACAGCUUAUUCGAGUCGCUCUUCGCUCGACUAAAAGGGAAUCUAGUGAUGUAAAGGACUUAUUUCGGUCAAAAACGGCGGUGUCUGACAUUAAAGAAGUACUAACACAUGAUAAGGACUUAAGGGAUCAUAUCGGUUCUUUUUAUGAUGAACUUUUGAAUACUCUUCGCAAGAAACCGAAUUGGACAUAUCUAUAUAAAUACCUGUCUACGUGGUGCGGUUGUGGGGAUAUUGUUACAAAGUUAAACGAACACAAAGACGAACUUCAACGCAAAGAUUGUCCCAUCGUUAUAGCCGGAGAGACGAGUGCAGGGAAGAGCUGUUUUCUUAACCUUCUUCUUGGAGAAAAAGUACUUCCAGUUAGCCUGCUCUGCGCAACAUCCACCAUUUGUUUGGUCCAUCCCAUAGCCUCUGGAGAGGUCCCUUAUUUUACAGUUGAUGGGCAGCGGAACCCAGUGGAAAAUAAAGACGAAUUGAUUGGGAAACUGAAGACAAUAUUGACAGCUCGCCAUGAAACUGAGAAAAUUAAACAAGUUGAUGUCUACAUAGAGGUGCCUUUGGUUGGUGAAAACAAACACAUCAUUUUUGUGGAUACUCCUGGCGUAGGUGAGAGCGAACAAAUGUCAGACAAAGUGUUUGAAUACCUGCCCAAUGCAGCUGCCUUUAUAUAUGUGCUAAACAGUGCUAACGCUGGAGGAGUUCAGGAAGACAAGCUUGUACAGAUUUUUAAGAAAGUUGAAGAGAUGAACCAAUCAAGUUGCUUAUUUAGUUUCGACCCAAUGUGCACUAUGUUUGUGUGCAACAAGUGGGAUGUAAUUGAAGAACGAACCAAAAGAGAAGAGGGAACGGAAGAUAAAGUUUGGGAUGAUACAUUGUUGAAGCUACGGCAUUUUUUACCGGAAUGUCAAUGGGAAAAUCAAUUGUAUAAAAUGAGCACUACUGAGGCCAUUCGUUAUAUGGAAAAUGACAUGAAUGACUCUGACAAGUAUUCUAAAUUAAAGAUUGGACUAAAAAAGCUGUUAUAUAAAAGCCAAACUAGUAAAUCGAAUAUGCAUUUGAGGUGGUUACGCUCUUUUAUGCAACAAGUUAGCGUGUAUGUUUCGGCAAGAAAACACGGUGUUGUUGCAACGGAAGCUGAGAGGAUACGGAAACAUGAGGAAAUUGACAUGAAACUUAAAAAAGCUGAAGAAGAUACUGAAUUGGUAAAGAACAGACUAAUUGAAUCCUGCAAGAGAAAACUUAGUGCUAUGACACAUGCUGUUCAUACGUUUCUAAACGAGGAUGAUGUACAGAAAAGACUUAAAACGUGUGCUAGCGAGCUUCUUCAUUCAAUCACAGCACCAGACGAUGAUGCCUUUCAGUACAUAGCAACAAAACACAUCAUGAAGAUUGUUGGACAAGAAAUAGAAGCAUGGGAACAUGACUCAGGAUUUUGGAAACGCACUGUUGAGGAUAUGAGAUGCGAAAUGGAAAAGGAAUUUGGGCUUUUAGAUGAUGAGUGUUGUGUUGCGGAAGAAGCAAUAGAAUGCAGAAAACUUGCGUUCAAAGCUCGUGCAUUUUCAGGAUUCGAUACGAGUUCAUUAUGGGAGAAAUUACAUAAUGGUUUUCAAUCAGUUCAGAAUGGCUUUACUGCAAUAUUGAAUGGUCGACAAUACAUGGUAGGGCGGAUAAUUAAAAAAAGCGUUAUCCAAAUUGCUAAAUUCGUUCACAGAGAAGCAUAUUUACGACAUCUGUUGAAAGUCGUAGCGAAAGAAUGCUUCAGUGAAGAAUCGAUUCACAAAAGUAUAAAAGAAAGUUUGUUCUCCCAAAUUAAACGUAAAAUUAUCAGUCAAUGUGACAAACACAUUCUGUGUCGAAUAAAAGCCUGCACUGUUUUGAAUGAAUGCAUUCUUCAGGAUACACGAACUCAAAGUGAAAUCACUCAGGAAACGUCUGAAAUACAUGAAGAAUUACUACGUUUGAAAGCAAAGCUCAAUAACCAUGAAAAGAAAAGCACGGGGCUUCAAAAUUCAAGCCAUACGAGCCUUUAAUAAGUAGCAUGCGUACUUGGGCCCAACCUGGAGUAACCUCGUUGUACAAGAAAGAUCGACGUCAACCAUACCAGAUUAACGACAUUAGUAGUCAUUGAAGCGAUGAAUAUAUGUUUACUGUGCUAUACCUUCAGUUGUAAUAAGUUUAUAAUUGUGUUAUGGCGAUCAUGAUUGUAAAUCCAAUUGACCCACGAGCGGCAUCUUAACCUUGUGAGUCCCAUUGUCAUUGAGCAUUAUUUGUUUACAUACACAUGCGUAUAGGUCUAAAGUGAAAUGGAGCGAUGUAUUAUUUAAUAAUUAAUUUGACGAAUGGUUUUCUCGAAUGAUGUAAAAAAAGUGAUGAUCCAAGUGUUGUUUAUAUUUAGUUUUUUAAGAUCAAACUUUUUUUAAUCAGCUUCUUGUACAUGGCUUAAGAGGAUUCAUUAUCAUUCAUCAAUGACCAUGUAGGGCUGGCAAAUUAUUAAAACAAUUUAAACCCAUGUGUCAAAUAAGGUGAAAGUAAAAAUAUAAAAUUAUAGCAAACGUAUUUCAUUUUUUUACUAUUUACAUAUAGAACAAAUUACGUGUUUCAAAUAAACUUAAGAUUGUUA